AUGAUGGCGAUCAUCGGCAUGUUUUUCCAGGACGGCCUGACCGGCUCUGCGUGGGGCGACUGGGCGCUCUACACGGGCUCUCCGCUGCGCGCCUUCGAGAACGAGUUGGGCGUGCAGCCCCCCGCCGGCUUCUGGGACCCGGCGGGGUUCACCGCCGACGGCAGCGCGGCGGACUUCGCCCGCAGGCGCGCCACCGAGAUCAAGCACGGCCGCGUCGCGAUGCUGGCGGCCAUGGGCUACAUCACCCCCCAGCUGAUCGGACCUCAGGGACCUUUCCCGGGCUACCUCUCUCCGAGCACUGGCCUGAAGUACGCGGACAUCCCGAAUGGGCUCGGAGCGCUCUCUAAGGUCCCCUUGGCGGGGUGGGGGCAGAUGUUCCUGUACUGCGCGUACGUAGAGAUCUCGCAGGACCAGACGAUCCCAGGUUCUCCCGCCUCCCGCGGAGAGUUCGGGUUCAAGCUGCUGACCUCCAGCGACCCUGCAGAGAGGCAGAAGAAGCUUGCUGCCGAGAUCGCGAACGGUCGUCUUGCCAUGAUGGCCAUCAUUGGGAUGUUCUUCCAAGACGGCUUGACGGGCAGCGCGUGGGGUGACUGGGCGCUCUACACGGGCUCCCCCCUGCGCGCCUUCGAGAGCGAGCUCGGCGUGCAGGCCCCCCUUGGCUUCUGGGACCCGCUGGGCCUGUCCUCGGACGGUGACGUCAGCUCCUUCAAGCGCCGCCGCUCCGUUGAGAUUAAGCACGGCCGGAUCUGCAUGAUGGCCACUAUGGGCUACAUUACGCCAGAGGUGGCUGGAAAGUGGCCAGGCUACCUCAGCAAGUCCGAGGGGCUGAAGUUUGCCGACGUCCCGAACGGCCUGGCUGCCAUUUCCAAGGUCCCUGGGCUGGGUUGGCUCCAGAUCGCCUCCUGGUUCGCCUUUUGCGAGAUCCAGCAGGGCUACGACGAAGACGCGAAGACGGAGCCCGGCAACGUGGGCUGGAAGCCUCCCCUGCUGACAAGCGCCGAUCCCGAGACCAGGAAGCGCCGGCUCAACGCCGAAAUCGCCAACGGCCGAUUGGCGAUGAUGGCCAUCAUCGGCAUGUUUUUCCAGGACGGCCUGACCGGCUCUGCAUGGGGCGACUGGGCGCUCUACACGGACUCUCCGCUGCGCGCCUUCGAGAACGAGCUGGGCGCUCAGGCGCCCUUCGGCUUCUGGGACCCCGCCGGCAUGUGCGCGGACGGCGACGUGGAGGCGUUCAAGCGCAGGCGCGCCACCGAGCUGAAGCACGGCCGCGUGGCCAUGUACGCCGCCAUUGGGUACAUCACACCAGAGUUUUACAGAUGGCCGGGCGACUGCUCCCCGUCUAAGGCCCUGGCGUUCAAGGACAUCCCGAACGGCCUGGCCGCUAUCUCGAAGGUGCCGGGCGCAGGAUGGGUGCAGAUCUUCCUCUUCAUCGGCUGCAUCGAGAAGGCGGUCUUCGUGCACGACCCGACGCGCGCGCCUGGCGACUUCGCGAACGGGGGCGUGCUCGGCGUCCCCAACGGCAGCACCAUGCCCCUGGGCGAGGCUCGGACUCGCAAGCUGAACUCGGAGAUCGCGAACGGUAGGCUGGCGAUGAUGGCCAUCAUCGGCAUGUUCUAUCAGGAUGGCCUGACGGGAUCCGCAUGGGGCGACUGGGCGCUCUACACUGACUCGCCUCUGCGGUGA